AUGGCUCAUACCAGUAAUGAUCCGGUUACUGAGCCACAUGAUGGCAGCACAACCGGUCAGAUGGGUCCUCCAAGCCUAUUAGUUGCCUGCUUUCGUCUGAAGACGUCUGGGGAGCUAAGCCCACAGCAAUUUAUUACCAGCAGAACCACAGCUCACCUUGUCUCAGCUUUAAAUCGAGCAGUCCAGACCGUGUGUCGCCUCCGUAAAGGCUCCUGCGCAGAUUUGAUUCAACCUGCCGCCUUUCCUGCCAUAGUAACAACCACUGGUAGUAGUGCUCCCACUUCCGCACCAUCCGCUACCACCGCCGCCGCCGCCACUGCUGCUGCAACUCCUGACGGUCCCAGUCUCUUCUCCCCCAGUUGCCACCUUCCCCUGGAAGAGCUGGCCGAUUGGGGGAAGCAGCUGGUUCAAGAGAUGCAGGUCGUAUGUGGGGAAGGCUCUGCUGUUGCUGAGGAGAUAACAGGGGGAGGGGAUGGGCCAAGCGGAGAGGAGGGAGGCAGCGCAGGGGAGGCGGCAAGAGGAGCUCCAGAAGCAGACGCAUUAGGAAAGGGAGCAAUAGAAGCAGACGCAGUAGGGAAGGGAGCAAUAGAAGCAGACGCAGUAGGAAAGGGAGCAAUAGAAGCAGACGCAGUAGGAAAGGGAGCAAUAGAAGCAGGAAUAGCAGGGCAAGGAGCCGGAGAAAGGGAUGGAGCGCCAGUGUCAGGAGCAGGAGCAGCAGCAGCAGGAGUAGGAGCAGGAGCAGGAGCAGGAGCAGGAGCAGGAGCAGGAGCAGGAGCAGGAGCAGCAGCGGCAAUGCAAAGAAGUGCUGUGGCUGCGGAAGCUGGCGCUUCAGCGGCAUGUGUCGAGGCACCUUAUAACGAAGCACAUGCUUGUGGAGCUGAUGGCGUGGUGCGGUGGGCGAGCAACGCAGUGGGCAGGCUACAAGAGGCCCUGCAGGAGUAUGGGCUCUUCAAAAACAUCUAUGAGAGAUCCAAGGAUCCGAUAGUGGUGUACAGCAUGAGCCACCAGCUUCUCGACUGCAACCCAGCAGCGCUGCUUCUCCUCCGCUACCCCUCCAAAGCGGCCCUCCGCCACGCCGUUGCUCUAGGGUGCUCCUCCCCCCCUCUCUCCCCCGAGUUUCAGCCGGAUGGGGAGAGGUCUGGGGAGAAAGGGGCGAGGGUGGGGCGGGAGGUGGCGGAGAGAGGGGAGGUGGUGGUGCCGUGGACUUAUAGGAAACGAGAUGGGGAGCUGUUGCACCUUCGGAUUCACUACCAGCUCAUGCGUGUGGGCGCGGACAGUGUCUUUGUGGGCACGUGGCACGACCUGACAGAAACUCUCAGGCAAGAGGACGAGCUGCAGCGAGCCAAGGAGGCAGCAGAGGCGGCGAGUGAAGCAAAGAGCCUCUUCCUGGCGAACAUGAGCCACGAGAUUCGCACCCCCAUGAAUGGCGUGGUGGGGGUGGCGGAACUGCUGCUUGAUACCCCUCUCACCUCGGAGCAGCGCUCGUAUCUGGACAUCAUCCGCACGUCAGGGGACAACCUCCUUCGAAUCAUUUCAGACGUGCUGGACCUCUCCAAGAUCGAGAACCAGUCGCUGCCUCUGGAGGACGUACCCUUCUGCCUUGCUACAUGCGUGAGAGAGGCGACUGCUCUUCUCUCUGUUGCCGCAGCAGACAAGGGCCUGCAGCUGGACAGUCACAUUGACUCAGACGUGCCUUGCUUUAUUCGGGGAGACCCGGGGAGGCUGCGGCAGAUCAUUCUGAACCUCGUGUCCAACGCGAUCAAGUUCACACAGACAGGAGCUACCACUGCAGCCACUGCAGCAACGCUUGCCGCUAAUCUCUCCCCCUCAUCUCUUGAUUUCCUCCCUUUCUUCCCACUUGUUACGCAGCAGUGGAGAGCGGCAGCAACCACCACUUCAACAGCAACAGCACCAGCAGCAGCAACUACCAUCACCGCGGCCGCAGCAGCAAUCACCACCGCAGCAGCAUCAAUCACCGCAGCAGCAACAGCAAUCACCACCGCAACAGCAGCAGCAGCAGCAGCAGCAGCAGCAGCAGCAGCAGCAGCAGCAGCAGCAGCAGCAGCAGCAGCAGCAGCAGCAGCAGCAGCAGCAGCAGCAGCAGCAGCAGCAGCAGCAGCAGCAGCAGCAGCAGCAGCAGCAGCAGCAGCAGCAGCAGCAGCGAGCAUGGCUGACAUUCAGUGUGGCGACCCCUCCACCUCCCGCCGCUACGGCGGCACCGGGCUCGGACUAGCCAUCUCCAAAUCCCUUGUGAGCCUCAUGGGCGGCGAUAUUCGCCUGGUUAGCGCGGUGGGCGCCGGGUCGACGUUUUCGUUCACGAUCAAUGUCGCGGUGUCGCCGGCUGCGAGUGACGUUGCUUCCAAUGGGGCUGAGGCGGUGCGGGCAUGCGAGGGCAAGGAGUACGACGUGGUCUUCAUGGACUGCCACAUGCCUGUGAUGGACGGUUUUGAGGCCACAGAGAAGAUCCGACGGCUUGCUCUGCUGCAUGAGCGACUGCGGUGCACUCAGGUCGGCAUGGACCACUUCCUGACAAAGCCCGUGAGGCCAAGCGAGCUGGAGACGCUGCUGCGGCAUGUGGAGCUGCGAGGGGUGAUGAUUCGGCAGGAGGUGGUGCGGGGGAGAGAUAGAGAGGAGCAGAGAGGGGUGAUGCUUCAGCAGGAGGUGGUGGUGCGAGAGAGAAAAGAGUCAGGGAUGUUGAGAGGUGGAGGAGAGAGGGAGAACAGAUUGAAGAGGGAGGGGAGCGAGGAGAGGGAGGAGAGGGAGGAAAUGGAGGAGGGGGGGAAGAGGGAGGAGGCUGAGCUGGCACACAGCCCAGGAGUGCAGCAUGCUGAGCUGGCACAUAGCCCGGGAAUGCAGCAUGCUGAGCUGGCACACAGCCCAGGAAUGCAGCAUGCUGAGCUGGCACAUAGCCCAGGGGACAUGCCGCCACUGUCAAACAGCCGGGAAAAGGACGGGGAGGAAGGGGCUUCGGGGCGGGCCGUGUCAGAAAGGUGGAUGAGAGGCUUGCUGAAGGAGAGGCAUGCGGAGGAGGAGGAGGAGGAGGAGCUCUCAAAUGAGGAUGUGGUUGAUAAGAAAUACCUCGUUUCAAGAGCCACCCGGCCCUUCGUGUCGGCCCCUUCCGCCGUUUCUUCCGCCUUCCCGUCCGUCCAUGUUACUGAAGCUACGGAGGUGGACGGGCAGUGGUUGGCAACGAGCGUGCAAGUAACGGUGGUGCGGACAAAACGGGAAGCUGGGGCCUCGAGUGGCAAAGAGAAGUAUGGAGACAAUACGCAGCAGGGCGAUGAUGAUAAUACCCAGCAGGGCGAUGAUGAUAAUACCCAGCGGGGCGAUGAAGAUACGCUGCAGCGGGAUGAAGAUUCGCAGCAGCAGAAAACGGUGCAGCUGGCGCAACUGGCUCCGGAGGCGCAAUGGGAGCAGGAGCUGUGGCCAGAACGGGAAGCCGGGGCUUUGAGUGGCAAAGAGAAGCAUGCAGACACUAUGCAGCAGGACAGCGACGACACGCAGCAAGGCAAUGUAGAUACGCAGCAGAAGGAAUCAGUGGAGCUGGCGAGGGAGGCGCAAUGGGUGCAGGAGCAGGAGCUGUGGCAUGGGGAAGAAAUGCAGGCUCUUCGGAAGCAGGAGCAGCGCGCUCAGCAAGAGGAGCAGCGAACGCGGCAACAAGUGCAGCGCACGCAACAAAAGGAGCAGCACUCGCAGCAAGAGGUGCGCCCCGCAGCAGCAGCACUCGUCUGGACACCUCCCAUGCCGCCUCUCAAGCCGCUGAUGGCGGGGAAAAAACGGAAGCGCGCGGCCAGGAGAAGGGACGCGGGCGGGGAAAGGGGCGGCGGUAGAGUUGGCGGUGGUAGAGCGGGCAGGGGCGAGAAGCCCACGGCUGCGACGGGCGAGUCUGCUAGUAACACCACCCCGACGGCCACCACAGCCGCUGCUUUUGAGACGAAUCAUGAGACGUCUCAAAAGUCGGAUGCGAAAAGGAGCGGCGAUAGAGUUGGCAGGGGCGAGAAGCCCACGGCUGCGACGGGCGAGUCUGCUAGUUACACCACCGCGAAGGCCACCCCCGCCGCUUCUCUUGACAUCCCAGCCACGGCCGCCGCGAGAGCAUCUGGUGCGGCAGAUGCACCUGGUGACAUGGGGGCCUCCGCGAGCGUAUCCGUGGGGGCAGCGUGCAAGGGGCGGGCGAUUUACGUGUACCCGCUAUCGGCGCGCUUCAACCAGUGGAUGGUGGACGACUGCUUGGAGAGCCGCAUCAAGGGUGCCGAUGCGGAGGCGGUAACUGAAGCAGCAGCCGAGAUAGGCCGGGAGGCGGCCAGUCGAAAAGCCAAGGCUGCAGCAGCAGGAGGAAAAGGAGAGGAAAUAGCUGAGAAUAUUGAGGAGGAGGAGCCUAGGGUGGAUCUUCCUGGAUGCACUGAUCCGAGGAGAGUUGCAGGCGCGAUGCUGCAGGCAGAGUUUUGUCUCCAGCCAGUGGGAGACAGCCAAACCCGCCGGUCCUUCUUUGACUCGAUCAUAGCAGGCUGCAUACCUGUGGUGUUUUCCUCGGAUACUUUUGACAGCCAGUAUCCGUGGUUCUUUGACCCUAAGCCGGAGGCACGGCGCAAGAUUGCAGUCAUGGUGGACCCUGAGGAGGUGAUUUCAGGCCGAGUGAAGAUUGGGGAGCUGCUGGGGAAGAUAUCUGUGGAACGGAAAGAGGAGAUGAGAAAAGAGAUGCGGCUUCAUGUUCCAAGGCUGUUGCUGCGGGACCAUACAAAAGAGGGAGAGCACCCCUGCCGAACCUCGGACCCAGACUCGGCAGACUUCCUGUUCAUCCCGGCGUACCUGGGUUGGAUGAUCUGGUCGCUCGUGGAGCACGGGCUUUUCGAGAAGCGAGACGACCCGGUUAUUGAGCUCGAGAGGUAUUUACUCGAGGAGAAUGCGGAUUUUAAGAGGCUGGUGAAUCGCGGCGACCACGUGCUUGUUCUCGGCCGUCCGAUCUGGGACUUCAAGCGCGAUCAGGAUAAGCCUGAGGGGUGGGGGACUGAUCUGUGGUGGCGACCUACCUUCAAGAAUGUCACACUCCUUACAGUGGAGGCUCCUCCCGAGUGGUACGGGCGGGAGGUGUUUUCUGUUCCCUACCCAACCUGUUUCCAUCCGGUAGGCUCGGCAGAGCUGCAGGGGUGGGUUCGGCAUGUUCGGGAGCAGCCUCGGCCGUACCUGUACUCGUUUGUAGGCGGGAAGCGAGCGCAUGCGACCUGGGAGGGCUCGCUAAGAGGGGUCUUGCUAAACGACUGUGAGAACGAUCCUAAGAGGUGCAUCUUUUUAGAAUGUACUGUUGCUGAUGCGGAGGCGGCGACUUCAGCAGCAGCGGAGAUAGGCAGGCAGGCACUGAAACGGAAGGAAAUGGCGAACAGCAUGGAGGGGAAGGGGGAGGAGGAUGAAAUUGAGCCAGAUUUUCCGCUGAGGGGAUGUAUGGAUCCCAGGAGAGUGGCUGGCGUGAUGCUCCAGUCCGAAUUCUGCCUGCAGCCUAUUGGGGACAGCCUCACUAGAAGGUCAUUCUUUGACUCGAUAAUAGCAGGGUGCAUUCCUGUAGUGUUUGCUCCGGGCACGUUUGAUUAUCAGUACCCCUGGUUCUUCGCUAUUGGAGAUGAGGCUCGGAGGAACGUGUCAGUGAUGGUGGCUUCGGACGAUGUGAUCGGUCGGAAGGUUAGGAUCGGGGAGGUGCUGGGGGGGAUAUCGGAGGAGAGGAAGAGGGAGAUGAGGGAAGAGCUUUAUAAGCAUAUUCCGAGGCUGCUUCUAAGGGAUCAUACGAGGGUGGGGGAGGUGGGAGAAGAGGGUGUGUUUGAAGAUUUAGUGGAUAGGACCAUUGAAGGGUUGAUUGAGAGGAAGAAGAUGAGGAGAUCUGGGGUCGCCAAGAGCUAUUUCCCUUUGUAG